AUGCUUCCACGUCAGCAUUUUACUCUUAUUGCAGCCAUCACCUUUCUCGGUGCUAUCGGAAGUAUAGCAGCAGCCGGCCAAAACUUUGCAGUACUUGUCGCUGGUUCAAAUGGCUACUUUAACUACCGACAUCAAUCUGAUGUAUGCCAUGCAUAUCAAAUUUUGCAUAAAAAUGGUAUUCCAGAUUCGAACAUCGUUGUCAUGAUGUAUGAUGAUAUUGCUAAAAAUCCAGAAAACCCAACAAAAGGCAUUAUUAUCAAUCAUCCAAAAGGUAAAGAUGUCUAUCACGAUGUACCACAUGAUUAUACUGGCAAUACUGUAACACCCAAGAACUUUAUCAAUGUUCUUCUCGGUAACAAGGAUGCUAUGAAAGGCGUAGGCAGUGGCAAAGUUCUUGAAAGUGGUCCCGAUGAUAAUGUUUUCGUCUUCUUCACUGAUCAUGGUGCCACCGGUCUUGUUGCUUUCCCAAAUGAUGUCCUUUAUGCUAAAGAUUUGAACAAAACAAUUGCUCAAAUGCACAGCCAAAAGAAAUACAAAGAGAUGGUUAUCUAUAUUGAAUCCUGUGAAUCCGGCUCCAUGCUUGAUGGUCUUUUACCUGAUAAUAUUAAUAUCUAUGCUACAACAGCAUCAAACCCAGAAGAAUCAUCGUAUGCAUGCUAUUAUGAUAGCGUACGUCAAACAUACUUAGGUGAUUUAUAUUCAGUUAACUGGAUGGAAGAUUCCGAUGCUGAAGAUGUUACUACAGAAACAUUGUUUAAACAAUUUCAAGUAACUCAAAAGAAAACAACUGAAAGUCACGUUAUGCAAUACGGUAAUCUUACAUUGGGCGCAACAGAUCACGUUAGUGACUUUCAAGGUGAAAAUAUGCUCAAUAAACCACAACCAAUGAGUCCACUUACAGAUCAUUUGAAUGCCAUGCUUAAACGUGAUGCUGCUGCUGUAGUCGAUGUUCGCGAAUCAAUUUUGUCUCGUCGUUUAGCUGCUCUACCAGUUGAUUCAGCUGAACGAGCUGCAGUUGAAAGCAAACUUGCCAAUGCUAUUCAACAACGAAAUGCUAUCGCAGGAACAAUUAAUUUGAUUGCCAAACGAUCAUUCGAAGUCAACCGUGCAAAUUUCUAUGAAUUAGUUACUUCACAACGUAUGAAAUUGACUCAACAUGAUUGCUACAAAUCUGUUACACAACAUAUACACGAAAAAUGCUUCGAUAUUCAAAAUGAAUAUGUCUUGGAUAAAUUAUGGAUCGUAGCUAAUUUAUGUCAAAUUGGACUUCAAGAUUUUGUUGUUAAAAAUGCCGUUAAUGCUGUUUGUGAGCCUCUUGGUCGUCAAGCCUUUGAAUAUUAA